AACUUUAAAAGAAAAAGAAAAAUCAACAAAAUGACUUCAAAGAAUCGUCACUUUCAGAAUGGCUGUUGUGUCUGUCUGCCACAAACCUCCCCCCUCCCCUGGCUCUUGUGGUAUUCGCUGCAGCUCAUAUAACAAGACAGAGAUGAAACUGUUCUGACAUUUCUGAGAAAGACAACGGAGUUACAUGAAGGCAGUCUGGUCCAACAGGGUGAAGAAUGAGCCUUCGACACUUUCCACUUCACCUCAUGGAAACUAUGAAAAGCUGGAGCUCACUUCAUCAUUACAUCGUUGUGUUUAUGUUCCUUACAACAGUCAGCAAAGCGUGUGAGGCUCCUUCCAGUCCUGAAUGCUUCAGAAGAAACGCUGACGAGUCCGUUUACGUGUGUGAGUGGAGCAUGAACACGACUGAGAGCGACGUGAGAUUUGACCUUUACUUUAACAAAACUAAAUUUAGGAACAUUAAGGAGACUUCAUCUCAGAUCAAUGAGGAACUGCUGAUCAAAUAUCGUCCUGUUUACAUUUGGGUGGAAGCUCGAGCAGAGAACUCCAGCUGCACGUCCACCAGGAGAUCCGUCGUCCUCGGGCACACAGUUAAGUAUGAAACACCACGGAAUAUUUCCACAUCCUGGUUAAAAAACAACCUCAACUUAAGCUGGAUGGCUGCAGAGAAGCAUGCGGCUUUAGCCGAGAUCUGGUUCAGACGACAUGAACGCCCCACAGAAACAUGGCAAACAUUACAGAGAACGACAAAUACCACCAGCGACACUUUAACGCACCACAUCAUUGUGUUGAAUCUGUUGAAGGAUUCAGCUUACCAGGUUCGGAUCAGACAUCGGUCCACUCAGGCCCCCAACCCACUGUGGAGCGACUGGUCUCCAGUUGUCACUGUCCCUGCAGAACUUGAACAAAAACCUGAAGUCAGCAUGACAACAACACUUUUAAAUGGCACUCGAAAGGUGACGCUAACAUGGAAGCCAAUCCUUCAUGCAGCUGCGGUUGGAGGAGUGGAGUACAUUGUGGAGGACACACAGUCUUCAGCUGGAUGUCCUUGUGAGAAAAACAGACAUCACAUCAGCACCACCGACAACAAACACACUACUUAUGUCUCGUUCUCUGCCGCCAACAUCUCCGUUAUCGGCAGAAACGCAGCAGGGUUUUCUCCACCAGCAAUCGUACAAAUACCAGCCAAACCUGCAGCAGGUUUAAAAAUUUGUGACAAAAUGUUACUGGACGAAAAAUUAAACAAGAAAACUUGCCUUGAAUGGUACAAGCUUCAAGAUGGAGAGUCAGUGCCAGGUAACGUCAUCACCUUAGCUGGGACCAAGAAGAAAAAAGACAGGGAGCAAAUAAAAACAAAACUAGAGGACUACGUUGGCUACCUUCACUUUGAACACAGAUGUCAAGACGGGAAACCACAGACAGUUAAAAUCUGCCUCUUUUAUAAAACAGAGGGUGUUCCACUCAUAAAACCUCAGGAUUUCACUGCUUUUGGUGAGACUCAGACCUCUGCUAACUUUUCUUGGGAAGCAAUUCCCUCAGUGGAGCAGCGAGGUUUCCUCACACACUACAGCCUCUGCAGCGUGAAAAUCAGCCUGCAGGAAGAGCCCAAAGGUGUGAAGUCACUUUUAUUUACUCAUCUUUAA